AUGCGGAUCGCAUUUGCCCUAUUUUUACUCGCGUCCGUGCGGGCCAUGCCUGCACUGGACAAAGAAGAGCAUGGAGCCGUUGGAAACGUCCUUGGUGUUGUAAAACAGUGCUUCGAUGGAGACGUCUCGCUGUGCCUUAAGGAGAAAGCUUUGAAGUAUGUGGAGACAUUAUCAUCUGCCCGGGAAAUGAAUCUGGUUGAAGGAAUCACCCUGGUUGGAACUGGGUCUCCUAGGUCUGCGAGAGCCUACGAACCUCUAGCAGAUGAACCAAAGGCGAGGGAAGCGCAAGUUGAGUCCAGGCUUGUUGAUUCUGCGGCUGACUUCUUGGAGAACCAUGUUAUCGAAUUCCGUAUGCCAUCCUCAGCUGUAGAAGGCAUGAAACGCUCACUCGAUGAAGCUCGUGGCAAAAAGAAGAAGUUGAAGCAGCUCAUCCCUCUUCUUGCCAUCGCUAAACUCAAGAUCUUGGCUCUCAUCCCUCUCUUCCUUGGAAUAAUCGCAUUCGCCGCCGCUAAGGCCGUCCUCCUUGCCAAGAUUGCGCUCCUUGUUGCCGGAAUCAUUGCCCUGAAGAAACUCCUGGCCAGUAAACAUCAUGAGACCAGCUACGAAGUUGUAGCUCAUCCACAUCAUGAAGAACACUACCCAAGCAGUGGCCAUGGAUGGGGCAGAACAAUCGAUGAAGCUCAAGACUUAGCGUAUUCGGGCCAUAUCAAAUCUGAUUAA